UUUCUCAGGUGUCGUCCCCAUAGAAUUUCCACCACCAGUUCACCUGUGCGCUAUCACCACAGUCCCCUGUGCUCCUCCUGCCCGUCUCUCCCUCUGCCUCCUCUUCCCCUGCAGAAUGUCUCUGCUUUAUAAUUGUCUAUUUUUGUUUUGUUUCAUUUUGUUUUUUAUUGUUUCCCUGACCCUUUAAUUCAUUUCCCGUAUAUUCCUCCUAUAAGUGACAACAUCCGGUGUUUCAUUUUCCUUCUGUCUUAUUUCACUGAGCAUAAUCCCUUCCAGCUCCAUCCAUGUUGCUGCGAAUGGCAUUAGUUUAUCCUUUUUGAUUGCCGAAUAGUAUUCCAUUGUGUAUAUAUACCACAUUUAUUUGAUCCAGUCACCUAUUUUUGGGCAUUUGGGUUGUUUCCAAGUCUUUCCUUUUAUAAGUAGUGCUGCAAUAAACAGGGGUGCAGGUAUCCUUUUGAAUUAAAGUUUUUGUGUCCUUUGGGUAGACCCGUAGGAAUGGAAUUGCUGGGUCUUAUGGUAGUUCCAUUUUUGAUAGACCGAGGACUCUCCACACAGCUUUCCAUUGUGGUUGGACCAGUUUGCAUUCCCACCAGCAGCGUAGGAGCGUUCCUUUCUCACCACAUCCUUGCCAGCAUUAUUUGUUCCUAGUUUUUUAAACAUGUGCCAUUCUCACUGGUGUAAGGUGGUAUCUCAUUGUGGUUUUGAUUGGCAUUUCCCUGAUUAUGAGGGCUGUUGGACAUUUUUUCAUGUCUUUUGACCCUUUGCGAUUCCUCUUUGGAGAAAUGUCUUUUAAAAAGUUCUUUGACUGGGUGGUUUACUUUGUUUUUGUUGAGUUGUGUGACUUCUUUGUAUAUCUUUGUGAUCAAUCCCUUAUCAGUUGUGUAGAGUGCAAAUAUCUUCUCCCUUUCAGUGGGGCGUCCCUUUGUUUUGGUUACUGUCUCUUUUGCUGUACAGAAGCUUUUUAGUUUAAUGUAAUCCCAGCUGUUUAUUUUUUCCUUCACUUUCUUUACUGUGGGGAACGAGUCUUUAAAGAUGUUGCUGAGAUGUAUGCCUUGUAGUGUUUUACCUAUGUUUUCUUCUAUAUAUUUUAUGGUUUCAGGUCUUAUGCUCAGUUCUUUUAUCCAUUUUGAGUUGAUUUUUGUGCAUGGUGUCAGGUAAUAAUGGUCUAGUUUCAUUCUUUUGCAUGUGGCGGUCCAGUUUUCCCAGCACCAUUUAUUGAACAAACUGUCCUUGAGCCAUUGCAUAUACUUGGAAGCAAUUAAAAUUUUAAAUAACUUGCCCGGGGUCACACAGGUAGAAAAUGGUGGUGAUGUGAAUUGGCUCCAGAGUCUGACUCCAGCCAGAGGCCCCACUCUGACCCCCAUCCAUGUGUGCUUCUGAGGUGACUCUCUAACUAGAGCAGGCAUCAGAGUCCCUUGGAGGGUUUGGAAAAACCCAGAUUGCUGCCCCACCCGGAGUUUCUGAUUCUGUAGGUCUGGCUUGAAAAUUCGCAUUUCCAGCAAGCCCCCAGAUGUGCUGGUGGCCCUGAUCCAGGAAGGAUGUUUUGAGAAUGAGUAAUCUAGGAUCAUAGGAAAUGCAACUGAAAUGACCUGAAAAUCAGAUUGGUGAUAUCAAGUAGCAGUGACACCCAGAGAUAGGACCAGGGUUCACUAAGUUCCAACAUGUGACCGUAAGGAGCCUACCCCUCCCUGCUUUUCCUGGUGUGUUUUCUGUGGCUUCAGCUCCCUCAUGGUCACAAGGUGACUGCCACAGUUCCAGUUGUCACACCUGACAGGCUGGUUUCAGCAACAGAAAGAGAGCAUCUCGCUCUUGAAGAGCUGGGAAACCUUUCGUAGACCCCGCCUCCUAGAUGCCCCUCACAUGUCACUGGCCAGUAUUAUGACACAGGAUCAUGCCUUUGAGAUCACAGCCACUGACCAAUCGGGGUUUACUUUCAGGCUGCCACCUUCCUUACCUGAAGCACGUGACUGCUGGAGGAGAGUGGCUACAGGGAUAAGACCUAAGAGAAGCUUUGGGCCAGGGAGUGGAUAAUGGAUUGGCAAACCACUGGAUCUCUUGCAGAAAUUAGCAAAACAAAGUGGACACCCAAUACCCGUACACUGGCUGCCCAGAAUUUAAAGCCCUAUUCUGAGGAAUAAGGUGAUGGGGUUGAAUCUAAGGCAGUGUACAACUGCUGCUGGUAAGGAAACUGAGCUGGAGCAAGGGACCUGCCUCCCCUCUGGAGAAGAGAUCGUGUGUAGUGUUAAGAGCUGGACCCUGUGUCCACGUGAACUCUCCAGGCCAGCACUUCCGCUGUGCGCCCUCCAGCCUGGGACUUCUCUCUUCCUCUGCUUUCCCAUCUGCAGCUUAAGAAUGCUCCUAUAGCUCCUUCUUAGAGAGGCGCUAUGUGCAGCCUCUGAGAUGGACUCCCCCGGGACGCCCGCAGAGCUCUAGCUGUCCUUCAGCGCGCUAAAGAUGCUGGGAACUCGGAAGCUGGGAGGGAGCUAACGGAGGGACCAGGCAAAGGCCGCCUGGCCUGGGACGCAUCCUCAGUGCAUGGCGGGGAAGACCCCCCUGAGGCCGGCCUGGACUCGCCCACAUCUGCUGCUUGUUAGACCCUGCUGAGCCACUCAGCCUGGAGCCCCCGGGACAGCACCUGCCUCCUGAGGCUGUCCCGGCUCAGCUGUCCACAGCGAUGGUGGAGAACUGGACCCCACAGGCUCACAACCUUCCUGUCAGACUUCAGGAGCCAGCAUCCUUCAUCCUGGGACUGGCGACCCUGAACAAUGGCUGAGGGCCAGGGGACCCCAUAAAGUCACUCCACAGCUUACGGGGGCCAGUAGCACUCCAUUCCCCUGGACUAUGACCACCUACCGGCCCAUCCCCAGUGAUGGUGUGGACCUGGCAGCCAGCUGUGGGGCCAGGGGGGCCGAUGUCCUCCCUGGGCCCCACACAGGGGACUAUGCUCCCAUCGGAUUCUGGGUCCAGAAUGGUGGCUUGCCCCAGCCUGUUGGUGAGAGCGCAGCCACGGCCACCACCCGCCCUAGUCCCACCACCCCCGCGGUGCCCAAGAUGGGCGUGCGUGCGAGAGUCGCCGACUGGCCACCCAAGAGGGAGGCCCUGAGAGAGCAGAACAACCCCAGCCCCUCACAGGACAUAGAUGGCACGAAGGCCGCAAAGGUGGCCCAGUCCAUGAGGAGCAUACAGAAUGGACAGCCCCCCACCAUCACCCCAGUUUCCUCAGGGUCCAAAGCCUUUCACCGGCUCUCCAGGAGAAGGUCCAAAGACGUGGAGUUUCAGGACGGCUGGCCCCGGUCUCCUGGCCGGGCCUUUCUCCCCCUGCGGCACCGCAGCAGCAGUGAGAUCACCCUCAGCGAGUGUGACGUGGAGGAUGUGGGGGAGCCGCGGGGGGCCCGGCACAUGGGGGCACUGCCCCUCUUCCGCGAAUACGGGAGCACGUCCUCCAUCGAUGUGCAGGGCGUGCCAGAGCAGAGCUUCUUUGACAUUCUCAAUGAGUUCCGCAGCGAGCAGCCCGAGGCCCAGGGCCCCCACAACCGCGCUGAGCUCCUCCAGGCCGACUCCGGCCCCCAUCUCACCGGGAGUGGUGGUGGCGCCAAGGGUGACCUCCGCAAUGGGCAUGCCACGAAGGACAGCCUUCUGCCGCUGCAGCCCGUGAAGGAGAAGGACAAGGCCCGCAAGAAGCCCGUGCGGGGCCUGGGUGGCGGGGACACGGUGGACUCGUCCAUCUUCCGCAAGCUGAGGAGCAGCAAGCCGGAGGGCGAGGUGGCGCGGGCCCCAGCGGAGGCGGAGGAGGGCCGGAGCCCCCCGGAGGCCAGGCCCUGGGUCUGCCAGAAGAGCUUUGCCCACUUUGACGUGCAGAGCAUGUUGUUCGACCUCAACGAGGCAGCCGCCAACAGGGUGUCCACCUCCCAGCGGCGCAACACCACCACGGGCGCCUCGGCUGCCUCGGCCAUGGCCUCCCUGACGGCCUCGCGCGCCCACAACCUCGGGGGCCUGGAUCCGGCCUUCACCAGCACAGAGGACUUGAACUGCAAGGAGAACCUGGAGCAGGACCUCGGCGACGACAACAGCAACGACCUGCUGCUCAGCUGUCCACACUUCCGCAACGAGAUCGGGGGCGAGUGCGAGCGCAACGUGAGCUUCUCCCGGGCCUCCGUGGGCUCCCCGGGUGGAGGCGACGGCCGCCUGCCAGAGCCCGCCCUGAGCGCCUACCGCACCAAUGCCAGCAUCUCCGUGCUGGAGCUGCCCAAGGAGCAGCAGAGGACCCAGAGCCGCCCGCGGCAGUAUAGCAUUGAGCAUGUGGACCUGGGCGCCCGCUACUACCAGGACUACUUCGUGGGCAAAGAGCAUGCCAAUUAUUUUGGCGUGGAUGAGAAGCUGGGGCCAGUGGCCGUGAGCAUCAAGCGGGAGAAGCUGGAGGACCACAAGGACCAUGGGCCUCAGUACCAGUACAGGAUCAUCUUCCGCACCCGCGAGCUUAUCACCCUGCGGGGCUCCAUCCUGGAGGACGCCACGCCUACUGCCACCAAGCACGGGACCGGGCGGGGCCUCCCCCUGAAGGACGCGCUAGAGUACGUCAUCCCUGAGCUCAACAUCCACUGCCUGAGACUGGCUCUCAACACCCCCAAGGUGACGGAGCAGCUGCUGAAGCUCGACGAGCAAGGGCUCUGCCGGAAGCACAAGGUGGGCAUCCUCUACUGCAAGGCGGGCCAGAGCUCCGAGGAGGAGAUGUACAACAACGAGGGGGCGGGCCCUGCCUUUGAGGAGUUCCUGUCCCUCAUCGGGGAGAAGGUCUGCCUGAAGGGAUUCACCAAGUAUGCCGCCCAGCUGGACGUCAAGACCGACUCCACGGGAACCCACUCCCUCUACACGACGUACCAGGACUACGAGAUCAUGUUCCACGUCUCCACCCUGCUCCCUUACACCCCCAACAACAGGCAGCAGCUACUGCGGAAGAGGCACAUAGGAAAUGACAUCGUCACCAUCAUCUUCCAGGAGCCUGGGGCGCUGCCUUUCACGCCCAAGAACAUCCGCUCGCACUUCCAGCACGUCUUCAUCAUCGUCCGAGCCCACAACCCCUGCACGGAGAAUGUCUGCUACAGUAUGGCUGUGACCCGAUCCAAAGAUGCGCCUCCCUUCGGCCCCCCCAUCCCCAGUGGCACCACUUUCCGCAAGUCUGACGUCUUCAGAGACUUCUUGCUGGCCAAGGUCAUCAACGCGGAGAACGCCGCGCACAAGUCGGACAAGUUCCACACCAUGGCCACCAGGACCCGCCAGGAGUACCUCAAGGACCUGGCCGAGAACUGCGUCUCCAACACCCCCAUCGACUCCACUGGCAAGUUCAACCUCAUCUCCCUGACCUCCAAGAAGAAGGAGAAGACCAAAGCCCGGGCGGGCGCCGAGCAACACAGCGCAGGAGCCAUCGCCUGGAGGGUGGCGGCGCAGGACUACGCGCAAGGGGUGGAAAUCGACUGCAUUUUGGGCAUUUCCAACGAGUUUGUGGUGCUCCUGGACCUGCGCACCAAGGAGGUGGUAUUCAACUGCUACUGCGGGGACGUCAUCGGAUGGACCCCCGACUCCUCGACACUCAAGAUCUUCUAUGGGCGAGGGGACCACAUCUUCCUGCAGGCCUCCGAGGGCUCAGUGGAGGACAUAAGGGAGAUUGUGCAGAGACUGAAGGUGAUGACCAACGGCUGGGAGACAGUGGACAUGACCCUGCGGCGGAACGGGCUAGGGCAGCUGGGCUUCCACGUCAAGUACGACGGCACUGUGGCCGAGGUGGAGGACUAUGGGUUUGCCUGGCAGGCAGGCCUCCGGCAAGGCAGCCGGCUGGUGGAGAUCUGCAAGGUGGCCGUGGUCACCCUGACCCAUGACCAGAUGAUCGACCUGCUGCGCACCUCUGUCACCGUCAAGGUGGUCAUCAUCCCGCCCUUCGACGACGGCACGCCCCGGAGGGGCUGGCCGGAGACCUAUGACAUGAAUACCUCGGAGCCCAAGACCGAACCGGAGACCGUGACCCCCGGGGGCCGGCCCCCGUACCGCAGCAAUGCUCCCUGGCAGUGGAGCGGGCCUGCGUCCCACAACUCUCUGCCAACCUCCAAGUGGGCUGUUCCCUCCACCCCCGGCCAUGUCCAGUCCCUGAGCCGGCCCCCAAAGCAGGCCCCCAUGGUCCCUUUCCGGGAGUCCCAGCCCCUGCACAGCAAGAGGCCUGUCAGCUUCCCCGAAACCCCUUACACAGCAUCACCAGCAGGGGCCGACAAAGUCCCACCCUACCGGCAGCCUUCUGGGAGCUUCUCCACCCCGGGCUCAGCCACCUACGCAAGAUACAAGCCAUCCCCGGAAAGGUAUGCGGCUGCCCCACACCCACUGCUGUCUUUUGAUCCCCACUUCGGCCUGGAUGGAACCUCCAGCGGCGACUCCUCCUCAGGCGGCCUGACCAGCCAGGAGAGCACCAUGGAGCGCCAGAAGCCAGAGCCUCUGUGGCAUGUGCCCGCCCAGGCCCGGCUCUCGGCCAUGGCUGCGAGCGGCGGGAGCAAGCAUGCCUCCAGGCAGGACGCAGCAGGCAAGGAUUCCCCCAACCGACAUUCCAAAGGAGAACCCCAGUACUCCAGUCAUUCCAGCAGCAACACCCUGUCGAGCAACGCGUCCAGCAGCCAUAGCGACGAUCGCUGGUUCGACCCCCUGGACCCGCUGGAGCCAGAGCCAGACCCCCUCUCCAAGGGCGGCUCCAGCGACAGCGGCAUCGACACCACCCUCUACACCUCCAGCCCCAGCUGCUUGUCUCUGGCCAAGACUCCUCGGCCCGCCAAGCCACACAAGCCCCCCGGAAGCAUGGGACUUUGUGGGGGUGGCCGCGAGGCGGCUGGGAGGCCCCACCACACGGACAGGCGGAGGGAAGUCUCGCCCGCCCCUGCGGUUGCUGGCCAGAGCAAGGGCUAUCGGCCGAAGCUGUACUCCUCAGGCUCCAGCACCCCAACCGGCCUGGCCGGGGGCAGCCGCGACCCACCAAGGCAGCCCAGUGACAUGAGCUCAAGGGCUGGCUACCCCGCUCAGGUUUACAAAACAGCCAGCUCAGAGACCCCUCGGCCCUCACAGCUGGCCCAGCCCAGCCCCUUCCAGCUGUCCACCUCCGUCCCCAAGUCCUUCUUCUCCAAGCAGCCCGUGCGCAAUAAGCACCCGACAGGGUGGAAGAGAACGGAGGAGCCCCCGCCACGGCCACUCCCCUUCACUGACCCAAAGAAGCAGGUGGACACCAACACGAAAAACGUCUUUGGACAGCCUCGGUUGAGGGCCUCCCUCCGGGACCUCCGCUCCCCGCGGAAGAACUACAAGUCCACCAUCGAGGACGACCUGAAGAAACUCAUCAUCAUGGACAACCUGACGCCGGAGCAGGAGCGAGAGCAGCAGUCGCCACAAAAGAGCCUGCAGCGGACGCUGUCGGACGAGAGUCUUUGCAGCGGGCGCCGGGAGCCCGGCUUCGCCAACCCUGCCGGCCUGGAGCCGGGCCUGCCCAGCGACGUGCUCUUCACCAGUACCUGCGCCUUCCCCUCCAGCACGCUGCCCGCCCGCCGCCAGCACCAGCACCCCCACCCACCCGGCGGGGGCCCCAGCACCAUCCCUGCCACCGGCAAUGGCUUCCCAGAGAAGAAAUCCACCAUCUCUGCCUCGGAACUCUCACUGGCUGACGGGCGGGACCGGCCCCUGCGGCGCCUGGACCCGGGGAUGAUGCCCCUGCCCGACACGGCUGCUGGCCUCGAGUGGUCCAGCCUGGUGAAUGCGGCCAAGGCCUACGAAGUGCAAAGAGCUGUCUCGCUCUUCUCUCUCAAUGACCCAGCGCUGAGCCCGGACACCCCGCCUGCACACAGCCCCGUCCACAGCCGCCUGAGCCUAGAGAGGGGGCCCCCGACCCCCAGGACCACCCCUACCAUGAGCGAGGAGCCCCCCCUGGACCUGACAGGCAAGGUGUACCAGCUCGAAGUGAUGCUGAAACAGCUGCACACGGACCUGCAGAAGGAGAAGCAGGACAAGGCCGUGCUGCAGUCGGAGGUGGCCAGCCUGCGGCAGAACAACCAGCGCCUGCAGGAGGAGUCGCAGGCCGCCAGUGAGCAGCUGCGCAAGUUCGCCGAGAUCUUCUGCCGGGAGAAGAAGGAACUCUGAGGGGGAGAGGACUCUGCACCCCGGCCCUUCCACCCUGGCAGGCUGGGUCUUACUCUCCUCUCUCCCUACUCGGCUCUCUGUGGCAGGUGUGACCAAGCUGAUCCAGCCAGGGCCCCGCCGCCGCCUUCCCCACGACACGGACGCGCCCAGGGCAGGGGGACCAGAGGGAGGCCUUCCAGGAGCCAGGUCUGCUCUCAGUCCUCCGGCCCCAGGGCGGCAACGUGGUCUCAGGUCUUCCUCUGAGCUGCUCAUCCGGGCUCCUGGGGGCCGGGCUGUGCCCACACCCCCUCGGGGGCCCUGCCGUCCCCGCGGAGUCUCUUCCUAGGACCAAAAGCCAUCAGAAGCUGUAGGAAGGCCAGGGGAGGGCAGGAUCGAGCCUCCAACCCCACAACUCCAGGAGUUCACAGACCAGGUCUCCUCACCGCGUCAGCAGCCUUUGGGCUGGUGAGGCCAUGCCCCCUGCAUGAAAAAUCACGUCUCCCCCCACGCCCCAGAGAGUGAGGGCCGUGUGGAAUGGGGCCUGAGCCCCAGGUCCCUGGUGCACGCUAGCUCCAAAAAGCACGAACGUUAUCCCCUUCCCAUCCUGUCCCUCCACAAAGCGACCAGGAGCACUUUCGUAGAGUUUCAGUUCUUUUCCUGGGGAUCCCAGGACGGAGAGAGGAAAGCCCAGCAUCCAGAGGCAACAUCCUGAGAGGGACAUGAUUUGCACACUCGGGACCAUUUUGCAGUCUUUUCCUGGCAGAGGCCGCGGUGCCUGGACCCCGCCACCUUCAAGCGACUGACCCGCCCGGCCCAGGCAGCCGCCGCCUCCUCCCCGCUGCAGCCCCACAACUCGGCCUGGCCUCCUCCGGCCCGGGAGGGGGCUCCGCGGAGCCCUCUGGUCAGGGCCAGAGAAACAGCCUUCAUCUCUUCUGCUUUUGUCUUUCCUUUGCAAGUCUCUCGGCCCAUCUUGCAGGCCCCGCAGCGGCGGCGUGGGACACCCCCUGUGCUCCCGGGGAGCACCUCGCUGUGCAAACCCCCCGCGAGACGCUGGUUCUCUAAAGGCAAUAAGGGGCAGCUUGCCAGGCAGCCAGGCCGGUGUGGUACUACGCUGUUCGCCCAGGAAACAAGAGUUUCUUUUUUUUCCUUUAAAAACAAACAAACAAAAAUAUAUAUAUAUAUAUUUAUUUUUUCAUGUAGAGUUGCGCCAGAACAAGUCUGUAUGGCCACAGCCUGUGGAUUCCCUCAACCUCAAGCUGAGGAUCGAGGCCUGUCCCCCGGGGGCUGGGGCCCGGCGGGAGGACUCAGAAGGAACAGUUUGGAGGGACGGAGUCAGGGUGGGCCCGGCCAGCCCCCGCUGGGGGAGGCACCAGGCCGUGGCGUUGGCACAGGCAGCCUGGCUCAGAGCCGCGCCCUCUGGCCGGGAGCCAGCGCCAGGCAGCCCGGGCCUUGUCCAGAGACCUUAUUGCCUUCUCUUUGGGGCCAGAAACCUCAGGGAAGGGGACUCUGGACAGGACACAGGCACUCUGGGAGUAAGAGGAGGGGGCUCGCCGCGUCCCCCCCGGCCGGCAGCACUGUAGUCCCGUGAGAAGAGCCCUCGGCUCGGCCACCUCCUGCUCCUCACUCAAGUGGUGAGAUGGGGGCAGCGGGGUGGGGCCUGCCUGGUCCUCAGCCCUGGCCAACUACUGUGAUGUCUCCACCCCUCUUCCUGGAUCCCCUUUCCAGAAGGUUCUCCAGGACCAUCCCCCUCACCUCAGACCCUAAAAUCUGGAGCCUACCCUCCCUCGCCCUUUUUUAAGUUGUCUUAUAUCUUCACAUCAUUCGAAUCAUUUUGGGGACCUAAUCAUGUACAUUAACAAGUGUAAAUUAUGAUUUUUUGGUUUUGUUUUCUGUUAUUUUUUUAAAGAUCUCUGCAAAACAAAUCCAAUUUAUUUAAUUUGAGGUUGGUAUUCUGUCUGAUGACUGAAGAUAGCAGCAGGGUUUUUUUCAUAUGUUGAUUUCAUUUGGAUUUUUUUAUUCUUUAUUGUCUUUUUUUUUUUUUCUAUCCCCGUCUUGAGAUUUUCUGGCAUGUUUCUGGAGGUUUCAAAGGAAAUAAAUGUUUCAUAGAAAUGGCUUGUGCAUUCACUAGCUGGGCAGCAGCCGGGAGCGACUGAG